UUUGCUGCCGAUUUAAAUCAUCUGCCUGAGAUUAGUGUCAUUAGUGACUAUCAAACUAUGCCAUUACUUAUCUUGAUAUUAGUUACUCUUGUGUUUCAGUAGAUUAUAUAUUAUAAUUUAUCAUUGUACUUACAUUAAAUCGCUUUCAAAUGGUGCUAUUAUUGUGAUUAGUUUAUAUUUACCUUUUUUAAUUGUUAAUCUUUACUAUGAGUUCAAAGUUAAAUGGAUGACCUGUAAAAAAAUAUCAUCUUGCUUUAAUCGAUAGGCUUAAUAGAUUUGAAAAUAAAUAUCUAUCAAAUUUAGACAAUGGAUGAAGAUAUCUAUCAUCAUACCGAGGAAGAUGAAAAGAGUCAAGAGUUAACGAUAAAUGCCAUCACUUUGAACUGUUGGGGAUUGCUGUUCUUCUCAAAACAUCGACUCCAGCGUAUACAAUCUAUUGCUGAUUAUUUGGCUGAACAAAAAUAUGAUAUUGUUUUCCUCCAAGAAGUGUGGGUCAAAUCUGAUUUUGAAUUGAUUCGUCAGCAAACCUCUUCUUUCUACAAAUUUGCCUACCUUUUUCCAACAAAGAGUAUUCUUGGAACCAGUGGUUUAGCAAUUCUAUCCAAAUGGAGUCCAACUCACAUUUCAUUCAUGCCAUUCACUGUUAAUGGAUCUCCUUUUCGUCCUUGGCAUGGUGAUUGGUUUACCGGAAAAGGUACUGCUUAUAUUCGAGUUGAUUUACAAGAUAUGAGAAUCCAUCUUUUCUGUACUCACAUGCAUGCCCAGUAUUGUGACAAUGAAGCCAUAAGUGAUCAAUAUUCAAUUCAUAGGAUUUGUCAAUCCUACCAAUUGGGUAAAUUUAUCAAUAUGACAAAAGAUUUAGUCCAUGAUACUGGUAAAUCUAGUGAAUUAUUCAUUCUUGCCGGUGAUCUUAAUACUAGUCCUGGAGAAUUUCCAUUCAAAUUGUUGGAAUCUAUCACUGGACUUCAUGAUAUUUGUCAUUCCGUUUCCAACGAAAGUGAAGAUGGCACUGUGAAGCGUCGGACAGAUUUGGUUACUUGUGGACAUUCCGAGAACAGCUACACUGAACCUUUCCCCAAAGGUCAGAGUAAAGAUGAUAAGAAUAGACACAAAAUACAAACAAACGCGGGUAAACAAAUUGAUUUUCUAUUGUAUAAAUUAGUCAAUCGACGUGUCUGUGAUAGAAACUUGGAAACCAGUGAAAUAAAAUCUUCUAAUCAAAAUUUCGUAACAUGUGUCGCUGAGAAGCUUCCAUGUUUAACUAAAGAUCCUAAAACUGGACUUUCUUUCAGUGAUCAUCAACCGGUUGCAGCGCGAUUCAAAAUUACGAGACAAACUAACCAACAUAAAGCUCAAGAAAAUGGUGAUGCUGGCUAUUAUAGUAACAGUAAUAUAAAUUUAAAAAGAUCCAAUUUCGAGGUAGUUGACUCAAAUGGAUUUAUGAAUUUUUCAAGUGACUCCGAGAAAUGUCAAAGUGUUGGUGGAACAAGUCUACAGAAAGCUGCUAAAUUAAUACGAUGUUACAUCAAUGAGAAUGAAUCUUCAAAGCACAAGUUAACUUAUUUCCUGGCUUUUUUUUGUGUUGCCUUCAUUUUAGCUUUGACCAUGGCCAACUUUUAUCAUGGUUUCAUGAAUUCGCUGUUGUUGGUAAUCUCUUGUACUCUUUUAACUGUUAUAUUUGUUUUUAUUUUCCUAGUUAUUGAGUUUGUCUAUAGAUUUGAACAACACGGGAUAUGCAGUAUAAUUGAAGAAAUGAAUUGCUCUUUAUCAACAUCAACCCCUUCAUCUGUCAACGAUCUACAAUUAUAAAGAUUGACAGAUGGUGAAAAAAAUAGUCUCACUCAACCUUCUUACGAAAAUUUGCUCCGAUAUUUGCACAACUACUCAGGCUCAAACAUCUAUAUCACUGAUACACACCAUUCAACUGCCUUAAAGGAUAAAGACAGAUUCUCCAUUUUAAGUAACAAUGAUAAAGUAAAUCAAUUCAAUUCAGAUAAAUUGAGAAACAUAAUUUCUCAAUACAUCUUCGAUCAAAAUAACUUUAUGACACGGCAUGUCUAUUUCAUCAAUGGAUUAACACCUACAGCGCUUUCUCAUUUCUUCGCCUUUUUCCUUUCCAAGCAAUUAGACCAAUUCCAAUUUAGUUGCAAACAAUCUACUAAUUUUAUUCCCAUCCUGAUGUAUACAGCUUCGAUCAAUGGCAGAAGUAUAUUUUGUUUAAACGUUUUUUUUCUCAUAGAGCCUGACAACCUUUACAUUGUCACUAUUGCCCAUUCACCUUUCAAGCAAACAAAAAAGUGAGAUGGAAAAAUGAAUGAAUACAAUUAUCUGGGUUUCGCAAAUUCUGAAAGACGAUAUCAAUGUUUCCCUGGAGCCUGGUGGUUGUUGAAUUCCUCCUAUCUUUACCUUCAUUAAAUGCAAUUGACUUUUAUUGCAGCAAUAUAUAGUAACCUAAAAGACUUGCAAUGUCACAAUUUUGUGUUUCAAUCUUCAAUAAAUAAAUCAAAACAAUUUGAUUGAAAAA